AUGUAUUAUACAAAAUCUAUAUAACCUGGAAAACUGCUAGAAUACAGUACUAGUUUUAACACAUCCAGGCAGUUCAAUGCUUCAAAAGCAAUAAAUAUAAACUCCUCCUAAGCUAAGCAGGUUAAGAAAAAGAUAUUUAGUAAAGAAGAAAAAGAAUCAAUAAGAUAUGGUCAAGUUAUUUAAUUGUGUGGUAUAGCUGAUUAAUCAACUUCAGGAUUCCUCCAUAGUAAAGGAUGGUCAAAUACUAAUGUCAAUUUCAUCAGAACUGAUAAUAUGGAAUUUAAUAAUUGUACAAGAGAAAGCUUAUUCAGAAUAUUGCCAAAAGGCUAGUUUUAUAUUCACGAUUAAUAUUAAAAAGCAUCAAAAGAGGAAAAAAAAGUUCUUUUGAGUAGAAAGAAAAGAGAGCUUAAACAUUAUGAAAAUAUCGUAAAAUAAAUGAACGGAACUUAAGUUUAUUUUGGUAGUGAAAUUAUACUUCAACAUUUAGAUACUAAAGAUUAUCUAUGUGGGACGCAUGAUUGUCCUUAAAAUCCUCCUGAUUCAUUCAAACUUAAAAUAAAACCAUUCUUAAACAGUAUGACUUUAUUCAAGAUUGUACCAAUGAAUUUGUAUAAUAUAGAAGGAGAUGCAGUCCAAUAAAAAUAAGAGUUUUUCUUGCAGCACGUAAAAACAGGUUAUUUCAUAAAUAGAGUUCCUCUUGAUAAAGUUUCAAGAAAAUUUCAAUAGGAUAUUUCUACUUAAAUACUUGACUAUCAGAAAAAUGGAUUUUUGUAAAUAAAGCUACCUUAAACAAUGUAAAACGGACAGUACCGCUGUAUUCUAACCACUAAAUUUAAGACUAUCUGGUAAUUCAAUCAAAUAUUUGAUCACGACUUUUCAGAGGAUACAGAAGAUAUUUUUAAUUAUGAUUUAGUUUAAAUAAUACAUAAUAGAAAUAAUAGUAUUUUUUCUAAAAGUGAUAAAAACAAUAAUCUUAUUCUAAAAGAGUAAGAUCAGAGUAUUGCUAUUCCUUUAUAUGAUUCAAUUUUCGAGAUUGCAAAAGCUGAUAGUUCAGAAAAUUCUGAUUUUAUUUAUUUAAGACACAUUACUUCAGGAGAGGUUGUAACUGUUUAAGAACUGAACUAAAAGUCUUUAAAAAAAAAGGAGCUAUUAGGAAAUCAGCAUACAUUUGCUUCAGAGUAUUAAAGAAGCAUUCCUAGUAAAUUUAGAUCUUAUGAUAAGCAAAAUUUUGAUAUUAAAUAGAUAAACUAAAGUAUUAUUCAAAGCAGAAAAGAAGAAGAGGAAGAAGAUGAUGAUGAAUAAUAUGAAUUUAAAAAGUAUCAAUAUGUUUAAAAUCCUUUAGAAUCUUAAGUAUGCAUCACAAAAGCUUUUUCAAAUGUUGGUGAUUAAGAAGAAAUAGAUUUAAAUGCUAAAGAUUUAAUAAAUGAAAGCAAAUAAAGUGUUCAAUAAUUAGAAAACUAUUAGCCUGAAUUCAACUUAAGAAGUUAAGAUAUUUAGCGUCUUUAUCAUGGUUAAAACAUUGACAAAAGUGAAUAAUAGUUUGUUUUAUAAUCAUUCAAAGAGGGUCCAUUAUUUGAGUAAUAAUAAAGUAAAAUGAUCUAGAGCGAAUUUUUAAUGAGUAAAUUAUCGUAACAUUAAAAUGGUAGUAAAAUUCAAUAAACUAAUGGUCUUACCAGCUAUAAUUCUUAAAAAAUAUAAAAUAUAUCAGAAGAAAAUAGCGAAGAUGAGCAAGAGCAAUCUUAAAAUUAAGUUUCUAGCUAAUUAGGAUCAAAUAACAAUUAACUGAUGAAGGAAUAAUCUUAAGAAAUGAAUUAUACAGUAUUAAAUAAACAAAAUAAGCCAAGAUUAUCUCUAUAAUAUUCUUAAAAUGAUUUAUAAGCUAUCUUAGGGGGAGAUGAUGGAAAUUUUGAGUUUGAGUUUGAAUUUGUAUUAAGAGAAUUUAAUUAUUAAAACUAAAAGGAAAACUAGUAGCUUCAAAUUAGGAAAAUUAGAAACAAUUAGAUAGUCUAUGAUAAAAAGGUUUUAGAUAAUAAAAACUAAGAAGAUGAAGAUGGUUAAUAAUUAAAUUCUCAAAAAGGUCUUAUACUGAAAAAAUCACCAUGUUUUGUUAAGUUUAUUUACAAAGAUGAAUAUGAAUGUAUCGAUGUUUCUAACAGUGAUAUCAGCUCAAGUGUUUAAUUAAAGUAAUAAAGAUCUAAUUAAAUAUAUGCUAUCAGCUUCCAUAAAAAAACAUUGCUUUAACGUAGAUCUUCUAUUCAUUUAUCCUAGACUUUAAAAUUCUUUGAGUAAAAAGUACCAGAAAAAAUAAAUUAUGUAAUUUAAGAUUCUAAAUCAAGCAAGUCUACUCUCAAAUUUACAAAAAGCAUUGAUAAAAUGACGAAAAGUGAGCAACAAUAGUUGAGUGUGUUUUAUUUUGAAAACAAAAUAGGUUUUGAUAAAUAAAUUAGCAGUAGUGGGUUCAGAAUUGUUAAAGUUUAAUCAAAUUUAAAAAGAAUUUUGCUUAAGGCCAUGUCCACUUAAGAAUAGAUUCACAAAUUUAAUUGCAUCCUCUCUAAAAUUAAAGACCUUGAAUAGCUAAAGGAAAGUAUUACAAUUAAGAAUGUUAAGUAAACAAUUAAAUGUAUCAAAGAAAUGAGCUCGCUCUUAUCCGAUGACAAUGAUUUACUUGAAAAGGGCUUAGGAAUGUACAGCAAUAAUCCUACUUAACUUUCUAUUGCUCUUUCUUAACAACAAUCAUCUGAAAACUCCUAAGAAGAACUAAAUGAUUCUAUUAAUAACGAAUAAAGUGCAACAAGUAAUUAUAAUGAGUAAAUAAGUGAAAAUAUUAGAUAAGUAUAAAAUAUUUUGGUGGACACAAAGUUAAUGUAUCUUGUUGUGUAUCUAAUUUACUCUCUUACAUACAACUAUAAUUUUAUUCAAUUGAUACAUGAAAAAGAUAAGUAAUUAUCGUCUUAUCUAAGCUAGCUUCUCUAACAAUCUUAUACGCUACUAAGAGAAAUAAUUUAAGAUAACUAAAAAGCGAAGUUUGUGAUUUGCUAAUAUUUAGAAAUAUUUAUUAAAAACGCAUUUGAUAUGGAGGAUGAAGAGUAAAUUUAAAAUUUUCUGAAAGAAUUAUUUUAAGAUAAUUAAAUGAUUAUCUAAGAUUUAAUCACUCCACGUUAUAUUUAAAAUAUUAUUGAUUCUAUUUAUGAAAAACAAUAACCGCAUCCUAUUCAUUGUAUUAUUUUAUCAGCUUUAACAUAAUGUAAUAAUUAAGCAGUUGCAUAAAAUUAAUAUUGCAUUAUCAAAAACUUUUUUUAGGACCAUUAAAAAUAAGAAUUUCACUUUACUUUCGAAAAAGAUAAUAUUAUUUAUAGAUAGAAAGUAUUUGACAAUAAAGGUAGAGAAUAGGAAGAGUGUUAAGUUGUAAAACUUAAAAUUACAAGUUUCUUAGAAAAAUCUUCUAAUAAAGAUCUUGAAAAUUUAUAUAAAUAUUUUAUAACCUACAUUGAGCUAUUGUCUAAUAUUUGCUUUGGAAGAAAUAAGAUAGGUAUUGACUACAUUCGUAAAAUUAUCACAGUAAAUUAAGUCCUCCUAUUCUUAGAUAUCUAAAAAAGCUAAAUAAUAAUAACUGAUGUUAUUCGUAAAAUAGAAUGCUCAAUGCUCAAGUUGUUGCAAAACGCAUUCCUAGAAUGUUAAGAAUUUUACGAUGUUUAAAAGAUAUAAAAAGCAAGAAACUGGAAUGAAAUAUCGCCUAAAAAAUUUAAAAACAAUAAAAAUCAAAAAUAUCUAACUGAAAUUAAAGUGGCAAUUGAUUAUAUUAACAACUUCUUUACUAAUCUAAAUAUUAGGAGUUUUACUAACUCGAUAUUUUUAACUCAGAUGCUCGAAGUUUUUAAGAAAACGAUAGAUUUAGGAAUUUAGCAAGAUGGAAAGAUUAAAGAAGUGAUUGAAAUAAUGAUUGAAAUUUUUGAAAAGAUUAGCAAAAAGUAGAAAGAUUAAUAAAUAUCUGAUUUAUGCUAGUAAUAGAAAUGGAUUAUAGCCUCUAUACUAAAAGAAUGCUUUGAUAUGAAGUUAAAUGUGAACAUAACUUAUGUUUUACAAUAAUUUAAAAAUUUCUAUGAAAGCAAAAUACUUGAUACUUCUCCAUAAAAUCAAAGUGAUCAGAUUGAUAGAUUGGAUAAAAAAAGACAUUUAAAAGAGAUUUCAGAUUAAUGGAAGGAAUUUAUUAAUAUUCAACCAACACCUGAAGUGUAAAGAGUUGAGUAGACUUUAAUAUAAUAGUUAAUCAAAUUAUAAAAUGCUACCGUUUUUAACAUUUUACUUUAUCUCUUGUAAAGAAUGUUUUCUAAAAAGAAAGAAUUAUAUGAGAGCUUGUAAAAGGUUGUUUUAUAUUAAAAGGGGGAUGCAUUAGCAGUCUCGUAACAAAUUUAAAAAAAUAGACACCUCUUUUAACUUUUAAAUGAACCUAAUUUCAGAUAUUCACUAUUUAACUCAUUUUAGAAAAGCACAAAUUCAGAAUUAUAGGUAAAAUAAUUAAUAAGUACAAAACUAGAUAAAAAAUAAUAAGAUUAAUGUAUUGUUGAUAAGUAAACAAAUUAAGCCAGUAAUGAUGAAAAAAAGAAUAUAAUUACUUAGGAAUUUAAAGAUAAAUUUAAAGCUUUUAUAUCUGGUAAUGAAAGAAAUAACUCUGAUUAAGUUGAAAUUAAAUAAGUAGAAUCAUCCAGAGGAAGCUUUGCUAGUGAUGAUUAGCUAAAAUUACGUGUAAACUAAGAAGCCUUCUUAAAUAAUUAGUCUAGUUAGCAAAACUGCUUUAAUUAAAAUUUAUAAUUUGCACAGUCUUAAUAUUGUUCAGAGUAGCAGAGUUAAGUGAUAAACAAAAAUAUCAAAGAGGAAUAAAUAGCUUAUAAUUUAAGUAACAAUUAAGUGAAUAGUUAAAAGUUGAGUUAAAAUUUAGAAUAAAGUAAUUAUAAUUUAGAAAGCAUAAGAUAAAGUAACAUAAGUGAAUAUGAAAAAAAUAUAGUACUUACUCUUUUAACUGGAGAAGAUGAUAGCUAAGCAGACAGUGCUUUGAAUUCCUAAAUAGAAAAUAGUUAAUCAGUAUUAUUCUUUUCUUAAAUGUAAUAACCAAACGAUAACCAAAAUCGCCAAAAGUAAUUUUAUGGCAGUGAUUUACAUUAAGUUCCAAAUCCAAUGUGCUCAUCACCGAUUGAAUCAAAUUAAAUUUCAAAUUAAGAAUAUUUCUCAGACAAUAAUUAAAAAAAUAUAGUUAGCAAAUUCGACUACUCAAUUUAACAGAACCACCCAAACAACUUUUAUCAAAGGGCUCAUCCUUAAAAAACUGUUUCUAUUGAAGAAAAAGUUACAUAUAUAAAUAAUGAAAAACUAAACGAUCAAUCUAAAAGCGAAGAAGGAAACGUUUCAUUUUAUUCUGAGAACCCUGAUGCUCAACCUGAUUAGUGCUCAGAGGAAUAGAGAAAUUCUUUUCUUUAGCUGAUAGAAAUAGAUUAAAAUUAUUUUGAAUAAUUAAUCACAGUUAUUAACACACUCUCUUGGUCUAUGAAAAUAAAGAAUGAUAUAUUUUAGAGCAUUCCCUAAGACUAUAAAUAGAUAUUAGAAUAAAACUUUUCUUAAACAUGUAUCAAUUUUAUAGGAGAGAGAGAAGAUCAUAAUUUACUAAUUUAGAAUUUAAUUAGAUCAUAUGAUUUACAUUAAGUAUUUUUAAAGUUCCUAAAUGAUACUUAAGAUGAGAGAAACAAAGAAUCUAACAAUCUUAAAAUUUUGUUAACAUCUAUUUACUAGUUUAUAACAUUGAUGAUCUGGAAUAACAAUGAGGCAAAAAUAGAUUUAUACAAUACAAAAAAUAUUGCUGUUAAUCAUUUGGUUUUAAAUGUUGGAUCUUUGGAAUUUCUAAAAGAACUUUACAAUAACUCAAAAUAGCUAUUAUACAAUUAAUCAGAAAUAAUUUACAUCAGUUAAUCUAUUUUAAGAGUUGCGUACUUUACCCAGAUUUUGUUUUACAAGGCUAAGUUAAUUUACUUUCUGAGAACACUUUUAAUUUAAAAUGACAAACCCAUUAAAGACAACUAAGAAAUAGUUUUUAGUGAAAUUUAGAAAUUUUAAGAACUAAAAAUCUUAGAUCCAAAUAAUUUGAGAUAAAUUAUCAAUAAGAGAAUAGAUAUCUUAAUGAAAGAAUAUUCAGACAAUCUAAAUUAAAGUUAUAAAACUAAAUCAUUAGUUAUAAAUUCUGAAAUAAUGAUUUUGAUCGCAAUGUUUUCUCUUUAUUCCAUGCUUAUUGAAGGUCCAAAUUUGAUUUUAAGGAGAAAAUUUAACAAGAUUCAUCCUUUUAAGGUUUUAAUUAAGCUUCUCUAGCAUAGUUAGGAAUGCAUACCUUUAAAAAAGGAAAUUCGUAGUUACUUAAACAGAGUUUACUACAAUUAACAAUAUGUUACUGUGAAGAAAUCUGCUCUUAUUCAUUACCCACUUAUAGUUAGAAAGAGAACUUCUUAGAAGUUAGAAUCAACAUCAAAUUUAUCUUAGGAAUCACUUAAGCAGAGUACGUUUAUUUUUAAGAGCUACUCUUUGCUUAAGCAGAAGUUUAAAUCAAAAAGUAAAUUUAGUUAAGACUAACAAAAAUAAAUUGAAAAUGAAAGCAAAAAAGAUGAUUCCCCAUAAAAUCAAACCAAUUUAAGUUUAUUUUAGAGAAUAAAAUAGCUUAUCUUUAAAAACUAAAUUUAAUAGAAAUUGAACCACACUUUUGCAUUUUUAUAAUUUGCAGUUUAAGAAGCUAAGCAAUUUGUUUAAAAUAAGCUAUCUAAAUUCAUGGAUAAGCUAGUAGAGGGUUAUAAAGAAAGAAAAGAAAAUAAUAAUGAUGUCUAAUCUAUCAUAUCAGAUAUAAAUAAAAUUAAAAAACAAAAGCAGAUAACUAAAGAAAAUAAGGAGUAUUUAGCUGCUGUUGAAGUUUUCUUACAACCUUCCUUUAAGUUCUGGAGUAUUAAUGAUAUAUUGGAUUUUUUCUUAGACAAGUAUGUUAAAUUUAUGGAAGCUAGAUAAAAUAAAGCUGUUAAUUUUUAAAAUUUGGAAAAAACCUCUCAGAAAAAAGAAUUAAAAGAAUCUAAAGGAUAAAAAGAUUUUAAAGAAACUGUGAUCCCUUGUUUAAACACCGAGAGUUCGUACAUUUCGAAUAAAAAUGAAAGUGGAAGUAUAGACUCAGAUGAAGAUUAGUUAAAUGAUGAUGAAUAAAAUAUCGAUUGUGAUACUGAAGAAAGUGAUGAUAGUCUUGAUGAUGAAUAUCUUGAAAUUAGCGACAAAGAAAAGUAAAAGUAAACUUAGUAAAAAAUAAAAUUGAAAAAGAUUGAAAAGCAAAAAAUGAAAGAUAGAUUUAAAAAUAUCAAUGAAGAAGAAGACGAAGAAGCAUUUGAGAAUAAUAUGAUAACAAGAUAAAAAAGAAUUCAAAAAAAUGUUAAAAAUUUUAUUAGGCAAAAUAAAUCUUUAUUUAAAAAUCAGAUUUAGCAAAAUAAUAGCAAAUGUGACUAGAAUGAAAAUUAAAGUAUGCUAAAAGAUGCAACAGCAAUAAAUUAUAUAAUUUAAGACUUGAAAAAUAUGCAAAAAGACUUAGAAUAGUAUUUAGAGUAUAAGUAAAACCCUAAAAAAUACGAUUAAAUUUCAAUAGAAAAUUAUAUUAGAUUUAAGCAUUUACAAUCUUAUAUUCUACUAAACUUUAAAGAAGUUAUAUACACCCUUUUCUUCAUUUUUAAAAAUUAGUCACUGAUUAAUAAAUAACUUAAACCUGCUCUUUUGGACAGUUCUAAUAAUUUAAGAACUACUUUACAUAGUAUUUACUAUAUAUUAUCAGAAAUAAGUGAAAGAGAUGAAUACUACUAAAUUAGAAUCUAAAAAAUCAACAAGUUAAUUUCAGAUUUUAUUCCUGGUGAUAAUUUGCUUAAUAAGAAGACUUAAAAUCUUUACAAAUCUAAUUUAAGUGCGUUUAAGAUAGCAUAAAGCUUGAAUGGAACAAAAGGGAAUAAUAAUUCUCCUGUUACUCAUAAGGAUGACUCUUAGUUAAAUAAGAGAUAACAAUUUUUAAAGAAUUAAAAGGAGCAAUUAACAAUAGAUGAUUCGUAGUAAGGGGACACUACAAAAAAGUAAAGAGAAUUCAACAAGUAUGAAGCAAAAAGCACAAUAAAAAGUGGAUAAAAAUAACCUAUUGACUAUACUGACAUGGUAGAAAAUGAUAUCAAUAAUAAGUUUAAUAACCUCUACAGAAAUAUUUUGUAGCAAUUAAAUUUCUCAUAAGAAUUUUAGGAUUUUUUGCAAAAGGAAAAUUAAAGGAUAUUUGAUGUUUUGCAAUUCAUUCCAAAAAGUCACUCUCAUUCAAAAUCUAAUAAUUUUGAUGAUAAUAGUUCAGUAGUUGUUAAUGAAAAAGUUUAAACAAUAACUUAGGAUAAUUUAAUUUAAAGUCUAUUUGAUGUUGCUUUAUCUCAUCAAGAUUUGCCUGAUGACUUACAUGUCUUUUAUCUAAAUAUUUUAGUUGGAAUGGUGAAAAGAUAAAAUUAGGUUAAAAAAAUUACUGAAGAUGAAUUACAAGAUGAUUUAGAAAUUGAUUAAUGGAAGACAGAAGAUUGGAUUGAUAAUAAAAAUGAAAUAGUUGAAAUUCAAAAAUAAUUAAGAAUGUAUGGAGGUAUUAGGCUUUUGUGCAAUCUACUUUAAUAAUAAAAUUUAGAAUAAAGACUAAGUUUAGUUUCUUAAACAUUACUAUUUGGUAUUACUCUGAUGUUGGGAGGAAAUUAAAAAACGCAAUAAGUCCUAAUUAAUUUAUUAUUUAAAGAUACUCAUAAUACAAUCCUCGUUAAUAUUGCAGCUUUAAUAUAGAAAAUAGGUAAAAUUGCCUACAGAUUUUCAAAAGAAAAAAAGAAUGUAAAACAAUACAUAGACAGCUAUAAUUACUAUGAUCCUGUAAGUCAGUAGGUAAUUAGAAAGCAUACUUGCUAACCUGACGAUUACUAAGAGGAGUAAAAAAUGGAGUUAUGCUUCUUGGUUUUAAAAAGAAUUUUCUAAUUCCUCAAAUUGUGUGUGAUUAAUAAUAUAGAAAUGAAGAAUUAUUUAAGAUGCUAAACAUUUAUCAAUAAAAGAUAAAAACUUAAUUCUAUAAACUUUAUUAAAGUAGCAUGUGAUACAAAUUAAUAAUUUUCUAAAGUUUUGAAAAAGGAAACGCAUGAAGUUUGCAAUUAUAUAGCUGAUUUUCUUACAGAGAUGGUAAAAGUUCCAUGUACACAAAACUAAAUUUCUUUGAGUCAAACAUCUUACUUUGAGGACAUAUCACUAUUGCCUUAACUUAUAAACAAAUAAAAAGAGCUCUAAAAGGAUAAAAUUUAAGAAGAUAAAAUACCUGACACUGAUAAAAAAGAAUAAGAAGAGGAAUUGCACCUAUUGUAUACAAAAGUCCUUCAAAGUAUUCUUGUAGUGUUAGAAGGAGACGAUGUUUAAAUUUAUGAAGAAAUUUUAAGCAAAGUACCCUUAGAGUUUCUUCAGAUUAUAUUCAACUAAUAUGUGAAACUCAUAAAAGUGUAAUCUUUAAGUGAAAUAAGAUAAGAAAAACAUCUUGAAUAGAAAUAAGGAGAAAUUUUGCAUUACUAGUCUUAGCAAGAACAACAAGAAAGUUUGCAAGAGUUUCAGUUUGAACUUAUAAAUAUUUAAAAAGACUAGUUAAAAUAAGCUCUAAAGCAAAGAGUUUAAAAUGGAAACUACAAUCACGAGAUAAAAAAUAUUUUUUAAGUACUGAUUAUAGUAAAAAUAUUUUCUUAAUACGACCAAACAAUUUCCCAACACUUUAAGGAUUUGAUUACAAAUGAGUACUAUUAUGUAGCUGAGUAGUUAGAUUAAAUGAUUCUUAGUAUUGUGAUAGUUGAUUAAUAAAAGUAUAAAAAUACAUUCUUUAUUAAUGAACCUUUAUUCUCUUGUCUUUCACAGCAGACUAAGAAGAUAAUCAUGAAAUAAGUCAAUCGUGACACGCAAAGAGACAAACUUAUAGGUCUUAUAAAAUACUCUUUAGAAACUAUCCCAAACGAAAUGGAAUAUAACUAUUACUUGAGCUAAAAAAAGAUUCCUGUGACUUAUGAAACAAUCAAAGUAAUAUAAACAGUCAUUGCAUACUACGGCAUUUUUAUUAAUAUACUUCUGGCUUUCACAGCUACUGUUUAAAUCAGCAAAGAAGGAGGAAUAAAUCUUUACUUCGAAAGUGAUUUUCUUCUUUUUGAUUUAGAUUUCUUGAUAUUUAUUUUCUUCUUACUUGUUAUUUUAUUCACAAUCUUUACUGCAGUGAAUUAAGUACCUCCUAAAAUAAAUAUGCCCUUAUAGCUAGCUGAUAAAGAUAGUAGCUAAUUAAAUAACUUAGUUAAAUCGUAUAUCAAGAUGUUAAAAUUUAAAAUAUAAACCAACAGACUUUAUUUGCUCUUUAAAUAUAACGAAAUACCAUAUCUUAUUAUGCUUAUUGUUAGUUCUUUCUUAUCCUUAAUAAUCCAUCCUAAGUUUAUUGUUCUCAGUCUUCCAUAUUCAGUCAGUAAACUUAAGUAUGUAAAAGGAGUUGCAGAGAAUCUUUACUUAGCUAUCUUUAUGAAAAGAAGAGAGCUUAUCUUAAUAAGCUUUUUAGGAAUAAUUUUCUUAUACAUUUUUAGUGUACUCUCUUUUAACAAUUAUUAUUUAGAAGUUUAUAGUGAAGAUACUUUAGAAAGUGAGUCUGUUAACCAAUGUAGCACCUUGCUAUAAUGUAUGAUUACUCUUAUUUUAUCUGGUGUUGUAGGCAAUAAUAUGGCAGAUUGGGAGCUCUCCACAUUUUUUUCGGACACAUUAUACUUUAUAUUUAUGUCAAUAUUAUUUACAAACAUUAUCACUGGUAUUAUGACAGACACUUUUGCAGAGUUAAGAGAUUAAAUUCACUUCAGUGAGACAGAUAAAAGAAACAAGUGCUAUAUUUGUGGCAUAGAAAAAUUGACUCUUGAGAAUCAAGGAGAAUAGUUUGACUUGCACAUAUAAUUACAUGACGUUUGGAAAUAUUCAUAUUAUAUUUAUACAAUAAACUAAAAAAACGAAGAACAAAACACAGGUAUCGAACUUUAAAUUAAGAAAAUGAUUUAAAAAGAGGACAUCUCAUGGUUACCAGAUUAUUCAGAUGAAAAUUCACAAUGA